AUGUGGAAGCCAAAGCUUAAUUUCAUCUCCCUUCACUAUGUGUGGAUUUUAUUCUGUAGCCUACUGUCAUGGGUGAUUCUAUUUCCGUACGGCAACUUGGCCGCCGUGGACGCCUUCUUCUUCGGCUGCAGUUCGUCGACAGAGUCUGGACUGAACACCAUUGAUGUGAAGGACUUGAAGACUUAUCAGCAGGUGUACAUUUACGUGAUUCCUAUGAUCACCAACUUGAUGUUUGUCAACAUUGUCGUGGUCGUAGCGCGUCUGUAUUGGUUCCGGCAGCGUCUUCGAAAUAUUGCUCCUAGUUCACUCAGAAGAUAUGGCGGCGAAGACGUAGAGGCCAACACAGAGUCGGAACGAAAGCUCGGUGAAGAGAGUGAGAAGCCAUUGCAGCACGAAGCAGCUCCAUUACCAGAGCAUUCCUUCCAGGCAUCUGGAAACGAGGACGCAUCCCAUGAGAUGGACGAACAGCCCAAAACUACAUCUAGGCCGACUAACAUCACCUUCGACGACCACCUGCCAGUACCUAGGCCUCUUGUUCGUGCAGAUACCACUGUGCUUCACGUACCUGGGCCCAUAGAUCGCAUCAAUGACACUGACGCCAUCCGACCUGUUCGAAGGGCAUCGACUGGCCUAUCGAGACGGAGAUCGCACCACGCUAAUGGUCCUGCAAUGCGUGCGGCCCUCUCCAUCGAGAAGGUUGCUUCUUCGAUGCUGGUCUUGGGACAGACAAGACACACCGAUACCGAAUCACGUCGCUCUGGCACGUUCAGCCGCUCCCGCACCAUAGACCUUCCCAGACUAUCUCAACAGGUUACCGUCGGUCGCAACUCCCAAUUCUUCAACCUCACCGAACAAGACCGCGAGACCCUUGGCGGCAUCGAGUACCGGAGCCUGAAGCUCCUGCUCAAGAUCAUAUCUAUCGUCUGCCUCGUGUCAUGGAUCCACAACGCACCGUCAAAGUACAAGGACGUCCUGGCUCAGAGCGCGCAGGACCGGACCUGGUGGGCCAUCUACUCGGCGCAGACCAUGGUCGACAACCUGGGCUUCACGCUCACGCCGGACUCGAUGGCGAGCUUCAGGGACGCGACCUGGCCUAUGCUCGUCAUGACGUUCCUUGCUUUUGCGGGAAACACCUGCUACCCCGUCUUCCUCCGCCUCGCCAUCUGGGUCAUGUCAAAAGUCGUCCCCCGGAAUUCGGCCACCAGGGAGCAUCUCCAGUUCCUGCUGGACCACCCGAGACGGUGCUACACGCUCUUAUUCCCCAGAAAGCCGACCUGGAUCCUCUUCGGGAUAGUUUUCGCCCUCAACUUCAUCGAUGUCCUGCUGAUCAUCGUCCUGGACCUCGACAAUGCGGCCGUCAACGACCUACCCAUGGGCCCGCGCAUCUUAUCCGCGCUCUUCCAGGCUGCUUCCGCGCGUCACACUGGUACCGCCACGCUGAACCUCUCCCUCGUCAACCCGGCUGUGCAAUUCAGUCUCUUGUCCAUGAUGUACAUUGCCAUCUACCCGAUUGCCAUCAGCAUCCGUGCUUCCAACACAUACGAGGAGAAGGCGCUGGGCAUCUACAGCGACGACAGCCAGCUCGACGAGAGUAACGGCGCAUCAUACAUCAUGUCUCACGUCCGCAACCAACUCAGCUUUGACCUGUGGUACAUCUUUCUGGGAACUUUUUGCAUCUGCAUCGCAGAGUCGGAACGGAUCAUGGAUCUUAACGAGCCAGUUCGUUCUUCCCACUCCCUAUGCCAAUCAAUCUUACCUCAAUCACUGACAUGUAUUCUUGACUUAGGCCUUCUCCGUGUUCCCAGUCUUCUUCGAAGUCGUCAGCGCAUAGCAAGUAUCCCGACCCCCAACGAUCCCACGUCUUUUAUCGCUCACUAA